AAAAGUGAGCCAUGAGGAAGUCCAGAGCUGCACCAACCCCCACUGCCCCAAACCCUUACGUGUGCCCCACAUGUGGGCGGUCAUUCCAGGCCCAGAUUGGACUCUUCAGUCACCUCCGGACCCAUCCCUUGUCACGAAGCCAUGGUCGUCAUCGACCACGAUGGGACGAACAUCACAUCACAUCAUAUAAAGAUGAGAGUAAAUCAAAAUGAUGUGGACUUUCUAUUAUGGGUCCUAGAACCCAGGUCAUCAGUGCCCAUAGACGUCAGAGACGUGUGUGUGUGAGAGAGAAACAGCAGAAUAAGGACUUUUAGACGGCUUCUUCAAGAAUGAACCUGUCUGCUAACACAACAGAAUUAGUGUCCACCAUUAGUGAGUCGUGGAGCAGGAUACAGAAGUCGGUACUCGUGAUCAUACUGAGCACUGAGAUGGUUUUAGGAACCCUGGGAAAUGCCAUGGUCUUGAUUGUUAAAGUGGUGUGUCGAGGACAGUUCCAGUGUGUUUACUGGCUCCCGUUCGCCAGUCUCACUCUGUCUGACCUCUGCUGUUCUGCGCUGAUCAUAACCGGUUCCCUACUGGCGGUCCUGACCGGGGGUCAGAGGUCACCGUGGUGUGAAGUGGUCAGCCUCUUCAAAUUCACCUUCAUUAUAUCCUCCAUCGGAAGUGUGGGGCUCCUGUGUGUACAGAGGUAUGUGGGCCCGGCGUCCACUGGAAGACGCUUCUCGGCCAUCAUCACAGUGGCAUGCUUGGCUUUCUGGUUGUCUGGCACUGUGUUUGGGGUGGUGCCCGUGAUCUACGACUGGGUCAGGUACGAUCCGGCGGAGUUGAUGUGUGCCGUGUUUUGGGAGAGCAGUUACUCGGACAUGCUGGUGUACAUCCUCAGUGCCUUCGGCCUCUGCAUCUUCCCGCCACUGAUCAUGAUCCUUGUCUGCCACCUGCUGAGCUGGGUUACAAAUGGCAAGAAUUCCACCAGUAAAAUGGACUUGUCCUCGGUCACUCCACUGGUGGUCGGAGUCUACCUGGUCUGCUACACUCCGUUUACUUUGUCAGAGCUCAUCCUGCUGGGGAAGUUCGAUCUGUCUCCUUCUCCUGACUGGCUGAGAACACUUUCGUCAGUGAUGGCGUAUCUGGACUGCACCCUGAACCCCAUCAUCUACUGCACAAACCAGGACUUUAGGGAAGCGGCGCUGGCACUUUUGUGGACCAGCAGGAAGUCCAGCUCUCCGGAGCCUGUACUGACCAGCAUUACAAAGCUGGACGUCUAGUAUUAACACAGUGUGAGAUGAAACCAGUGUGUGUGUGUUUUGUAAUCAUAAUAUGUUGUAUAAUCCUAGCAGAAGGACACAAUCUGUGUUUGGAUUAGGUUUCAUAACGUACAUAACAAUCAAACAAACAAAACACUGAGGCAUUGAGGCACAUCUAAAAAAUCUGCUUUAAUUAAAUGGUUUCACAAUCACAAAAACAAUUAAUAUGACAAUUAUUAU